AUGAUUGUGGCAGCCAUGUCAAUUCGCCACCCCACCGAUGAAACCCAAUGUCUAACCUGUCAAUUGGGUACAUUACCCGAUGCCACCAAACAAUAUUGCCAAACCAUACCAGAGGUUUAUUUACGACCCGAAUCCGCAUGGGCCAUUGGGGCGAUGGCAUUUAGUGCAACCGGAAUAUUGGUGACACUGUUUGUUGUGGGUGUAUUUGUGAGACACAAUGACACACCAAUUGUCCGGGCAUCCGGCAGGGAGUUAAGCUAUAUUCUCCUGGCAGGCAUACUGAUGUGUUAUGCGGUCACAUUUGCCCUGGUACUGAAGCCGACAAAUGUGGUGUGUGCCAUACAAAGAUUCUCUGUGGGUUUCUGCUUCACUGUGGUCUAUGCCGCCCUGCUAACCAAAACGAAUCGCAUUGCCAGGAUUUUUAAGGCAGGCAAGCAGUCGGCAAAACGUCCCUCGUUUAUAAGUCCCAAAUCGCAAUUGGUGAUAUGUUCAUUUUUUAUAUCCGUGCAGAUAUUGAUAAAUGGCGUCUGGAUGCUAAUAGCACCCUCACAUGCCAUGCAUCAUCAUCCGACACGCGAGGAUAACCUAUUGGUAUGCGAUUCGUAUAUCGAUGCUUCGUAUGUCAUCGCCUUCUUCUAUCCGAUUGUAUUGAUUGUGGUGUGUACGGUCUAUGCGGUGCUGACACGCAAAAUACCGGAAGCUUUUAAUGAAUCGAAACAUAUCGGUUUUACCAUGUACACCACCUGUGUCAUUUGGCUGGCCUUUGUCCCGCUCUACUUUGGUACAGCCAAUCAUGUACCACUGAGGAUAACAUCGAUGUCGGUAACGAUUAGUUUAUCGGCCAGUGUAACGAUAGCAUGUUUAUUUUCACCAAAGCUUUAUAUAAUCCUCAUACGCCCCGAGCGAAAUGUUCGACAAAGUAUGAUGCCUCCGCGCUCCCAUAUCCAUCGCACGGCCAAUACUGGGCCCUCUUCAAUGAUGGCAGCUGCGGUGGUCACGGCCGCAACUUGUGCCCAAGAGGAGAAAAUUCAAAAACAUAUCACACCCACCAACACCGAACACAGUAGUGUUAGUCAAAAGAAGAAACUGUGUGAAAUGGCCACACAGACCAUUACAAUAUCAUCGAGUAUAUUCACCAAUUUGGAUAGUGGUAGCUAUCAGCAAAUACCCUACGCCGAUCAAUAUGUGCCAAAUAAUAAUCACAACGAUAAGCAGCAGCAAGAAAUGGGGGCGCAUCCCGAAAAUAAUUCAAUGGCCACGGAGGCUAAUGAGGCACAGGUGGUGGCCAACAAUAAUAAAAUCAAUCAGCAGCAACAUUCGUUGAAUAACUGCACGGCAAAUGCCAUAGCGAAUAGUUUAAAUGGAGUGGUGGUGAGUACGGGUGCACAGCCACCGGCAUAUAAUCAUGUGGCCCCACAACCACCUCCACCUACACUCCCUGUGACGACAACAUCGACCAAAUGCAACGAAUCGACAACAACGCAUAAUGCCAAGACCGUCAGCAGCAGCGACUCACCACCAACACCGGGAGCAACAUUAGCCGCAGCAGCGGCAAUUCUCAGCAACACGGCGAGAAGCAGUGAGCAACAUGUUGCUGAGCCCACACAACCUAUUUGCAACUCAAAGUCUUCAGAUAAUUUACGUAAACCAACGGCGGCGGCAGCGGAGAAUGGAAAUGCUGCAACAGCAACAACGGUGACAGGAGACAGCAGUAGUUUAAGGACGACAACAGCAAAUCCUGCAUCCAUGACUGCAGUUACCAAUAGUGUGGGUAAGACAGCUUGUGCCACUGGCGGAGGCAGUGGUGGCAGCCUAUCGUCAUGCUCACGUAAUGGCUCGACCAAAGGUUCACAAUCCAGUAACAAUAAUGUAAGUCCACUUAAUCCUCCACUAAGUCGUGAAAGUAGUACGGGUAAAAAACGUUGUGCCAUACCUGUAUAG